AAAUAGAAAAAGUGUACUCAUGGCUUGGAUUUAAUAAUUUGUUUAUUACGAUUCACGAUGCUUGUGAGGUUUUAACAUGGAAAAAUAAUUGAAGCUCACUACGUAUCAUGAAAUUGAACUACAAAAUUUUUAUAACCUCAAUGAUCUUUGACUCUUGUCUAUUGUAUCGUGUAAAAUUACGAUCAUGGCUGAAAAAGGAGCACACUUGACAGGAACUUCUUAUGGAAAGCCUACGAUUUUCGAAAUCGUUGCCCAGGAAUCUUUAGCAUCUACGCUGGAACCUGGAUUCAAAAAAAUUUUUUCUUUUCUAGCAACUUGCAAUUCAGAAAGAUACGGAUGGGUUUUGGCAUGGGCGGACGAAGCUUAUUUAGCUUUCAAUGCAUUUCUACAAAAUUUUUAUUUUAAAAAAUAUGGUGGAUCGUUUUCCGAAACGUUCUAUGGCCUCAGGAGAAUAGUGGUUCUGAGCUCUGGAGUUGGUGAAAAUUUGUCAUGGAAAAGACAGAAAUUAUCAAUAUUAUUACUGAUAUUGGACCCCUAUUUGAGAGCAAAAGCUGAGAAGUAUAAGCUCGAUGAAAUUGACGGACGUUUUCCAAAAACUUAUUGGAAAAGAGCUCUGAGAUCCAAUUUCAUCAAGACCCUAAGAAUAUAUCACUAUAUUCGUGAGUUUUCGUCCCUUUUUUAUUACGUUCUCUAUUUGAGUUCACGAACUCACUAUCCAACGCCGAUUUAUCACAUGCUGUCGACGACUCUGACAUAUUCGGGAGCACAGCAAGUCGCAUCGAUAUCGGAAAUAUUGCAAAAAUUGAAAGACGGUAAUUUCCAUCCGGGGGACGGUGUUCAAUUGAUACAAAGAGCGUUCACGAGAUCGCUCGAGCUCGGUGCAUUUUUCUUGCAAUUCGUUCAAUGGUGGAAUCAAGAAAAUUAUUAUACGAAUUUGACUACACUUCCGGUACCACCGGCACCUACAAUUCCUGAGGAUGCCCGGAUUUAUAAAGGUCUUUGUCCUGUUUGUCGAAAAAGCCGUCGCAUUCAUACAGCUCUCGCUAUAUCAGGAUACGUUUUUUGCUAUCAAUGCAUUCUCCCUAUUGUACGCAAACAUGGAAUAUGUCCAGUGACCAAUCUACCUGCGAAGGAAGACGAUCUCAUUCGCCUUUAUCUGGAUGAAUGAAUUUCAUUUCAGUUUUUGUCCCAUGAAAAAUAUUUAAUUCCAGUGAAUAUUGAUAAAAAAUUGUUUCAUAUUUUUAUAAUAUUCAGUCCAAUGAAAGAAAAAAAAGGGCCGAUACGAAUAUUCCCUUAUCCGAAAAAGCGCAUUUAUAGUGAGCUGUAGUGACAAAAUGUCUUUUCGAAAACGUAUAAAAAUGUGUUGACGGGAGGAUGUCUCCAAUAAUUUGAUACUAAAAUAAUAAAAUAUUACUACAUUUA